CGAUUGUUAGUCGUCUCAUCUAUCUUGUUAAUUGAAAAAGUUUCUUCUCCAUUUUUUUUUCUUUUUUUAUCUGUUAGCUGUCUUUAGAUACGCCUUAGUAAGCCCAGUUCAUAUAAAAUUUUAUUCACCUAUUUUAGUUAUUUCUUUCGGUUUAGCAUCGGAACUAGUCGUAACAGGUUUGUGUGACCUCAAUAAUUUAACUGAUAAAUGUAUACUUUUUGUAAUUCGGAAAAUUCGGUUAUACAAAUUUUAUUUGAAAUUCGGCUCGAAAUCCGCCAUAUUUUGCACGUUGUUUAGUGAUUGGUAGAAUUUAGAUAAUUGAAUUUCAAAUUACUGCCCGAAUUUCAAAUUUACUAUCAAAAAAAUUUUAAUUAAAUACGUGCCUUCAACUUUCUCCUCCUAUUCACUACGGUUCAUUUUUUUCUUUCUUUCUUUUUUUUUACUGCCAUCAUGAGUAACAAGAAUAAUGCCCGCGAUACUACCUUCUCUCAUGAUGAGAAACAUAAUAUUACCAUGUUCAUUAUAGGCAUCAUGUGCUUUAAAUUUGCCUUCGAGAGUCUUAGUUCAUCCAUUUCUUUUCUAGCUCAGGAAAAGUUUGCGAAAUCUAUAGCUCUUACCAUGACUCCCGUUUUGACAUCAUGUUUUAAUAUAAUGCAAUGUAUUUGUUCUAUUGGAGCUGCACAACUUCUGGUACGAUUUCGGACAAACGUUAUAUUAGCGUUCAGUAUGUUUUGUUUCGGAGCACUUGCUCUUGUUCUCAUUAUUGUUGAUGCAUCAACUGGUGGUAAAUUUGAAAGUCAAGGUAAUUGGACCCCUUGGAUCCUUUUCCCAAUAUACCUUCCUAUGGGAGGCUGUCUUGGAGUUUUGGAGCUCGUUAGGCGUGUCUUGCCUCGUGAUAUCGUUGGUGAAAAUCCAGAAAAAUUAAAAAAAAUGGACGCACACGUACACAUCUUUUAUGAAAUUGCUGGAACUUCUGGAGCUUUCGCAACUACUCCCCUCGUUAAGAAGAUGGGCCCCGUUUACGCUCUAAUGCUUAUUCCAAUUCUGUUCACUGCUGCUGGUUUUAUUUGGCUCAGAAUUAAACAUAAUCCCAACGCUCCUUCAGAUAUCAAUAGAAAUAAAGAAACUGAUAGUUCCGAUCGAAAGAAUAUUUUCUACUUAUAUUUUUACUCCGUAAAACGUGGAGCACAAAUCGUUUUUUCGGAACGUCGAUUCAUCUGGCUUAUGGGAGGCUAUGUUUUGCCUUUCGUCUUCCACAGAUUCAUUGAGAACGUUAUCUUUCCAACAUUUGCAAAUCAAGUUCUCAAAGAAAAGUCUUACUCUUAUAUCCUCUUAGGAGCAUCUAACUUUGGAGAACUUCUUGGUGCAUUUGUCGUUCUCUUAUUUGCUUCAAAAGUUGCCACCCCUCUACCUUGGGUUCGUUUUGACGCCGUUGCUUUAAUGACACUCUGGAUAUUUCCCUUUUUACCCGUUAAAUCUGCACUUUCAUGGGCUUUGAGUGCACUACCACUUAUGAUCGUUCUUUCUAUGGGAUGGGCAGCUGGUGAUGUUUCUCUCGUGGCCUAUAUACAAUCUAGAUUGCAUUCAGUUAAUAUUCAAGCAGAUGCGGGUACUUCACCACUUGGAUGUGUCAUGGCUUUCCUUUAUUCUUCAUAUAUCAUCGUCUUUACAAUUCUCUCAAUUCCUCUUGGAAGAGUUUUUGAUGCAUAUAAGGCAGCUAAUAAUAUAAAUCAGGCGUUUUUAUAUAUUGCAGGAGUUAUGAUAACUGUUGGUGCAGUUGUUAUUUUUGCAAGCACUUUUGUACCAAGGCACUCGUGGGCUUUUAAUCCAAAGGUUGAUCCUGAUGAUGAUAUAGCAGCUAGUGAAGAAGAAGAAGUUAAAGGAGAAAAAGAAAAAGGUUCUGUCAAUCUCGUCGAAGCUAUAAGCAUGGCCUAAUCGUACUUUAUUUCAUUAAGUAGUUAGGAGUAUAACAAGCAUUUAUUAUUAUAUAUUCUAAUUAAGCAAAUUUAUGCAACUAUUUAAUAGUUGGUUGUAUGUAAAAUGUGGACUUAUACAUAUUAUGUUAUUUUUUACCUUAUGUAUAAAAAAA